CGAGCGGGCUAUUUAAGCGUGGGAUAUCAUCGGGUGGUUUCGCCCCUCGUUCAACUUCCGACUUCCAUCGUCGCUCGGUGUUUUACUCGCUCCAGGCGCCGGAGCGUGAGGAGCCGCGGUUCAAAGAGGGAGAAAGAGAAGACGAGGGGUGGGUAUGUGAGUGGCGGUGUAGUGUUUCCUGGCGUGAGAUACUGUGGCGAUGAAAGGAGGAGGCGGAGGAGGGUUUCGCCUCUUCUUCUUAUCCUCCGGAAACAGCCGGAGGAUACCUCUCAGACUCCGUCAGCUCCCCGCCGGAUCCUCCUUCAAGAUCAAACUCCUCCUGUUCUGGUGCGUCGCCUUCGCCCUUCUCCUCGUUCUCAUCCUCCUCCUCCUCCUUUGCUGCCGCCCCUCACACUAUUCCGGAUCGUCGCCUCCUCCCGGGAGAGGGUACACUAUAGUGAUGAACACAUGGAAGAGAAAUGACCUUCUAAAGCAAUCUGUCGUUCAUUAUGCUUCUUGCGUCGGUGUCGAGUCUAUUCGCAUCGUAUGGAGCGAGCCCGAUCGACCUUCAGAUUCCCUACGUCAUGCUUUAUGGGAAGCCGCACAACUAAAUUGUAAAAGCUGCAAUGGUAUUGAACUAAAAUUCGACAUAAAUGAAGAAGACAGUCUAAACAACAGAUUCAAAGAAAUCAUGGAUAUAAAGACAGAUGCUAUCUUUUCGAUUGAUGAUGAUGUUCUAUUUCCCUGCACAUCUGUAGAGUUGGCUUUCAGUGUGUGGCAAAGUGCCCCUACCGCAAUGGUAGGGUUUGUACCUCGCAUGCAUUGGCCGGAUAAAGUGAAAGAAAACAAGGAACGUUACAGGUAUGGAGGCUGGUGGUCUGUUUGGUGGACGGGCACGUACAGUAUGGUGCUCUCUAAGGCAGCAUUUUUCCACAAGAAGUAUCUUCAUCUCUAUACAAAUCACAUGCCUGUAUCUAUCCGUCAUUACGUAACCGAGCACAGGAAUUGUGAAGAUAUUGCGAUGUCGUUCCUCGUUGCAAACGUAACAGGUGCUCCUCCAAUAUGGGUGCAAGGCAGGAUGUUUGAGAUAGGAUCAAGUGGCAUCAGUAGUAUGGGAGGUCACAGUGAACGAAGGUCUCAAUGCCUCGAUUUGUUUGCUGAAAUUUACGGUCAUAUGCCUCUGGUGGCAACCAGUACGAAGGUCAUAGAUAGUCGACACAGUUGGUUUUGGUGAUAUAUAUAUAUAUAUAUAUGUCAGAUAUGUGUAUAUAUAUUUUAUAUCAUAGAGAGUCGGCAUUGGUUUUUGGCUUUCA